GCGUUCGUCCCGCCCCCCCACCCCACUCCUGCCCUCCAGGCUGGUCUGUGUUACCUGGGCGCUGCGGACAUGACGGCGCGCGGGACCCCGAGCCGCUUCUUGGCCAGUGUCCUCCACAACGGGCUGGGUCGCUACGUGCAGCAGCUGCAGCGUCUCAGCUUUAGCCUCAGCCGCGAUGCGGCGUCGUCUCGCGGCGCCAGGGAGUUCGUGGAACAGGAGGUGGCCGACUUCGCCCGACGGAACCCGGGGGUCGUAAUAUACGUGAACUCGCGGCCGUGCUGUGUGCCCAGAGUAGUGGCCGAAUACCUUAACGGGGCAGUGCGCGAGGAGAGCAUCCACUGCAAGUCCGUCGAGGAAAUUGCGACGCUCGUGCAGAAGCUGGCGGACCAGUCGGGUUUGGAUGUGAUCCGUAUCCGCAAGCCCUUCCACACGGACAGCCCUAGCAUCCAGGGUCAGUGGCACCCCUUCACCAACAAACCGACAACGCUAGGUGGGCUGCGCCCGCGAGAGGUUCAAGACGCUGCCAUAGCCCAGGUGCAAGUGCCAUGAAGAGUUGCUCCACCAACUCCAAUCCCAGGCUUUGGACUCUCACCCCAGUGGGGGUGGUUCUUCCUCUUUUUCCAAGCCCACACAGGCAGAUAGAGCCCAUCGAAAGGGAAAUUGACGCCAAAGCUUUUGCUUGGGAUGAAGAGCUGUGUUUUCGUUGCUCAGGAGGCAGGGCAGUGACUUUGUCUCCUAAUUCUUCCUUAUUUGACAUCCCUGAGACCUGACUUCAAGGAUAUUACAGGAUCUGUUCUGAAGUCCAGUCUGAGAAUAGUGAUCUCAAAUCCCAGCAUGAGGUUUCAAGAUUGGCAUCUGAAGAUGCAACCUUUUAUGCAACCAUUUAUAUCUGCAACCUUUGAGCUAGAGAAGAAUUACACUCUGCUGUGAACAUGGCAUUAGGAUAACCACUUUAUACCCGUGUGAAUGUUUAGGUGACGGCGCCUGGGUGGCUCAGUAGGUUGGGGCUCUGCCUUCAGCUCAGAUCAUGAUCUCAGAGUCCUGGGAUCGAGGCCCCCAUCGGGCUCUCUGCUCAGCGGGGAGCCUGCUUCUCCCCUCACCCCCCCCCCCCGUCAAAUAAAUACAGUCUUUAAAUUAAAAAAAAAACCAACCUGAGGUUAAUAAACAUACGUUUACACUUGAGGUCUUCAAAA